GUAAAAGUGACGAUGAGGACAGCAUCUGCAAACUGGGCCAAGCCUCGGGGAAGGGCGCCGAGGACGGGAAGGAUCACAAGCGGCCCAAGAGACCCCGGACGAUCCUGACCACGCAGCAGCGGAGGGCGUUCAAGGCAUCGUUUGAGGUCUCCUCCAAGCCCUGCAGGAAGGUGCGGGAGACGCUGGCGGCUGAGACGGGGCUGAGCGUCCGUGUGGUGCAGGUCUGGUUCCAGAACCAGCGAGCAAAGAUGAAGAAGCUUGCCAGGAGGCAGCAGCAGCAGCAGCAGGAUCAGCAAAACACACAGCGCCUGAGCUCAGGGACCCCCCUCGCACCCAGCUCUCCUCACGCUCAGGGUCGCCCGAUUUGCCCGCCGUACCCGGCACUGCCAAGGUGCCGGAGGAGAAAGCAGGCUCUGAAGUCCUUCUGCUCCUUCCUUGCUUCCCAAGGUGCCGAGCCCCUCUUCCACGACUUGGAUAGCGAUGAUACCUCACUGAGCAACCUGGGCGACUGCUUCCUCGCCACAGCGGACGCGGGGCCACUCCAGGCGCGAGUGGGGAACCCCAUCGACCACCUCUACUCCAUGCAGAACUCCUACUUCACCUCCUGA